AUGCUUCGUCGAUCGUCUUAUGUAACCCGUGAUGCGUACAAAAACAAUAGAUCCAAUUCAAAUGAGACAAUUCCAGUGUGUGAAUCCCGUGAACGUCGUGUAAAUUCAUUGAGGCAACAGCGGCCUACAAACUCGACUCGACUUUAUUACCCGCCGUGUGAACGUCGGCGUCGUUUGCAAACAAUGAUUCGUGAGGUAUACAAUCGUGUUCGAUGCGCUAAUUCAGCAUCAAAAUGGAAUAAUGUUUCUGAACAACUGAAUUCUGCGCGUGCCGCCAAUUUUGCUGCCCGUUCCCUUUUGUAUAAUGAACCAUGGUCGAACACUACAAAUUCUACUGAUCCACCUAUAUUAGCUGAACCCGUAGAAAUCCCAAAUGUCUACAGUCAGUUUGGUAGAUUUGAAGCUCGAAUUGACGGCAAAUCUUACAGUGUGGCUGUAACUAUGAUGCCGGAAAUUGAUCCUGUACCGUCUGCUUGUAUGUGGGCGCCUGUUCAGCACAACUUUUCCGUUGAAGAUGAAACAGAACUAGCAAAUCUACCCUAUAUGGGGGAUGAACAUGCACAAGAGGAUGUAAAUUUUCUUGAAGAACUCUUGAACAACUAUGAUGGUCGAUUGCACGGAAAUUUCCCGUUCGAAUUUGAUGAAUCCCUUCUGGUACAAUUAGUCGAUGCAGUGGCUAAAUCGUGGUCAGAUAUUAUUGGACAGUGUGGUCUACCUCUAACAAAACAAACAACUGAUGCGGUGGUAGUCAGUGAAGUAGGCCGAAGCUCACUGCUGGAAAAUGAAUUAACGCCAGAUGCUAAAAACUCUGCAUCAACAUCAAAUAUCGCUAUUGCUUCAGAUGCUUCAAAUCGAUCCAUGUGUCCACGUAAUGGACGCUUAAAAAGACAUAAACCAUCAGAUGAAGAGAAUGCCGAGGAUAUACAGAUUGCGAAGAGAGGUCGUCUUACUCGUCGUCGUUCUGCACAGAUUGAAAUCACCGACGUUGAGGUAACUCGUAGCAAUGGUGUUGUAUCGCCUCCAAGUAUUAACCUUAAUAAUUCUGAUCGUCAAGAAACAGUGAAAAGUAGUGAUAAUGAAGACAAAAUAACUGUACAAGGCAAUCAGUGUGAACCAAUUAUUGUUAUAAGUCAACGAACUAGAAACUCUGUUGAUUCGCAUCAAAGUGACGCUGAUGAUAUUAAUUCAUCACCUGAGACUAGGCGUUUAAGCAGUACUGGGAUUCCGGAAGGAGUGUUCUCUGCCAUAGCUGGAACAUUCGGCUCUUCAGAGGAUUCUAAUAAACUGAAACUACGGUAUGUGGAAUUGAAAGAACGUGGAAAUAACUCCCAGCUAAACGAAGAAGCGCUUACAUGCUGUCCAAAUUUAGACAAUCCUGUUGAGGUGUUGAAUGCUAUUAAUAGUGGUCGUCAUCAAAUCCCGACAAGAGCUGAAGCUUUGCAUUCCUUUCGGACAUUAUUUUGUCGAAGAUGCUUCAAGUAUGAUUGUGCUUUGCAUCCGUACAAGUCAACUCCAUCCAUGUGGAGUCACCGUUGGCCUAUUACUUCAUCAACUAAUGUGGAAUCAGAUGCCCCGUAUUGUGGCCACUGGUGUGUUCGUCAAUUCACUGACAAACAACAGUUGACUAAUCAUGUUGCUACAGGUGAAUGGAGUCCUGUGGAGAUUUGUUUAUUUCGAAUUCUUGCACCAAUGUGUAUACCAUAUGGUCAUUCAUCAUAUCAUUUAUACAAUUGGUGUUGUACAUUAUCCAGUUUAAUUGGGACGAAAAAGUGUUCUGAGGUGCUUAGCUAUUCAACUACACAGAAUCUCUCAACUCUUCUACUGCCAGAUUCUGGACAAUUAAGCCAAUUACGUGUACCCGGUACUGGCGUAGAAUGGGUUCGACGAUCAGCCAGCACAGCAUCAUUGAAUGAUGCUGGGGAUUGUGCUGGGUCGGGAUCGUGCAGUGGUAGUGUUCAAGACAAUGGAGAGUUUGGCGAAGACUGUACUAAUGAAUCAGCUAGUUAUAGUUUACUAUCAUCAUAUCGUCGAAAACGAUCAAGACGACGUCGUCUGAAUAAGAGUAUGCUGUUAGGACUUCCAAGCCGCCGGCUGGAAGAUGAUGAAGAGUCGCAAGCGAACGGUUCUCAGCAGAAUGGUUCAAAUAGGAAUGGAAAUGGUCUGGUGCCAAGUGGUUCCUUUGCACAUCAUUAUCAUCCUUGUGACCAUCCUGGUCAACGAUGUGAUGAUAUGUGCUCGUGUCGGAAAGCUGGGACAUUCUGUGAAAAGUUUUGUCAAUGCCCUCCAGACUGUCCAAAUAGAUUUUUAGGCUGUCGUUGUCGAGGCCAAGAAUGUGAUCCAGAUCUUUGCUUAUCCUGUGGUGCGCAUGCAUCAUUUCGAUCGUUGUCAUCAGGAAAUUCUAUGGAAUUACUCUCCCUGCUACAGACUACUGUACCACCAAUAACUGGAACGUGUCGUAAUGUAGCUAUCCAACGUGGCUCGCGUAAACAUCUUUUAAUGGCGCCUUCUGAUGUGGCUGGUUGGGGUAUAUUUAUCAAAGAUGGUGCAGAGAGGAAUGAAUUUAUCUACGAGUAUUGCGGUGAGAUAAUCAGUCAAGAUGAGGCGGAUCGACGAGGCAAAAUUUAUGAUAGAACAAUGAGCAGUUUUCUGUUCAACCUUAAUCGUGAUUUCGUUGUGGAUGCAACUCGAAAAGGCAAUAAAAUUCGAUUUGCAAACCAUUCAGUCAAUCCAAACUGUUAUGCAAAGAAUGAAAGUAUUGCUUCUUCAGUCAGAAUGGAGAAACCUGAUUGUCUAGAUUGCCUUUUAGAAGAUUGUGUCUUAUUCGCACUGGCAAACACUUGUACAAGUCUACUGUCUGGAUGCAUCAUCUUCGCCACACUUGGCUAUAUGGCGCAUACAUCGAAUAUACCGUUGAAUUUAAUCGCUGAAUCUGGUCCAGGAUUGGGAUUUGUCGUCUAUCCAAAAGCGAUAGGCACAAUGCCGGGCAGUCCGUUCUGGUCAAUCUGUUUUUUUACUAUGAUCAUUCUACUCGGUAUUGACAGUAUGUUUGGUGGUGUCGAAGGGUUUGUAACAGCUGCUGCAGACUAUUUUCCGCAUGCAUUGGCGAAUACUUGGAUUCGUUGUGGAUUUGUUGGUUGUGUCUGCUUGGCGUCAUACUUGGUUGGGCUGUUGAUGGUCACUAAUGGUGGAAUGUAUGUGUUUCAAUUAUUCGAUUACUAUAGCGGUAGUCGUAUCAUAUUAAUUGUGGGAUUGCUAGAAUCUGCUGUGAUUGGAUAUAUUUAUGGUUUCAGACGUAUUUCAAACGAUAUGAAGACGAUGUUUGGAUUUUCAUUAAAGUGGACGACAUUCAUACUCUGGUGUUUAGUUACACCGUUAUUCACUCUUAUACUUUUCAUUAUCAGUGUUAUUGUUUAUGAAGAACUGACGUAUAAGCGGGCUUCUGCUAGCGGAGUAUAUCACUUCCCUGGAUGGUCAGUGAAACUUGGUUGGUUCAUGGCUAGCUCCAGUUUAUUUCUAAUACCAUUUGUAAUGAUUGUGAAAAUUGUCAGGACGCCUGGAACUUUUAUACAACGGGUGAGAACACUGUGCAUACCAGCUAUUGAAAACCGCGAGAUAACUGCUAACCUCACAAAAUCCAGUGAACUCACUUCAACAGGUUUUCUAUACCAUUCAACUGAUCCAAUACAGGGUGACUCACCAUCCUCAAUAUUCACUGAAAAAUCUUCACCAUGCUCAUCAAAUUUGUAA